AUGGUACGUGCGGUGAUCCCGGUCGUGGCGAUCGUCGUGCUGAUCGUGAGAAGCGCUCCCGUUGGCGAGGCACAUCGCGUCUGGACGCGGUGUGAAGUGGCGCGUGAGCUGGCGCUUAAGCACGUCCCGGAAGAACAGAUCGGCGAUUGGUUGUGCAUCGCCGAGCAGGGUUCGGCGUACAAUGGGUCGGCUGUCAACUUGCGGUUCAAGCAUUUCGGUGGCAGUGGAUAUUACGGGCUGUUCCAGAUAAUCGAUCGAUACGCGUGCGCAAAGUACGGUUCGAUUUGUGGUUUAUCCUCGUGCGACGAGCUGCUCGACGAUGAGCUGGACGAUGAUAUUGAGUGUAUGCUGAAGAUCCACGCGGCGUACGUUCGAGAGUUGGGCGAUGGAUUUGCCGCCUGGCCGAUUUACAAAACCGCCUGCCGCGCGGAAGAAAGUGACAUUUGGCCAAGGUCGGCGAGUUUGCGAGUUCCUUUUGACGAUUGUCUGGACGAGGAGGUCGUAAGAGUGCAGGCGUACUUCAAGCGUAAGCGUGCGAAGGCGAAAAAAGCAAAUCUUGUGCAGGCGCCACAAGGGAAGGUGUAUGAACGCUGCGAACUGGCGGUGGAGUUGCGUGAUCGACAUCGAAUGCCGGUGGAACAGAUUGCAACUUGGGUGUGCAUCGCUUAUCACGAGAGUCGCUUCAACACCUCAGCGGAGGGUCGUCUGAAUGCGGACGGGAGCGGCGACCAUGGACUGUUCCAAAUCAGUGACAUCUACUGGUGCUCUAGCGAUGCCAAUAGGCCGGGCAAAGCGUGCCGUGUCACGUGUGACGCCAUGAGGGACAACGACAUUACGGACGACGUACGGUGCAUACGGAUGAUUUACGACGAGCAUCAGCGAAUUUCGGGCAAUGGAUUUAACGCCUGGACAGUGUACAAGCCGUACUGUGAGGGUAGGGAAGCGAGCUUCAUGCACAAUUGCUUUGACGGAGCAGGUGGAGCUCAGGACCGGUAUCCGACCACACCCAACAAACCACGGCCAGGAAUUGUGGCACCAACCGUACCCACGGUUCCAGCGAAGAAGUUGCCCACAGCGGACAGCGGUAAGGUGUACGAUCGCUGUGAGCUGGCAAACGAUCUACUGCACAAAUUCCACAUGCCCAAGGAACAAGUGGCAACGUGGGUGUGCAUUGCGUACCACGAGAGUCGCUUCAACACCUCAGCGGAGGGUCGUCUGAAUGCGGAUGGGAGUGGCGACCAUGGGCUGUUCCAAAUCAGUGACAUCUACUGGUGUUCUCCACCCGGCAACGGAUGGGCCUGUGGAGUGAGUUGUGACGCACUGAAGGAUUCCGAUAUCACAGAUGAUGUGCGCUGUGUACGUACGAUCUUCGACGAACAUCAGCGAUUAUCCGGAGAUGGGUUCAACGCGUGGUCCGUCUACAAACCGUACUGCCAGGAUCGCUCGAAUUCGUUUGUGCGAGGUUGUUUUGGAGCAGAAGACGACGCACCUCACCCGGUAACAGUACCAAGGCCUGCCAUUACUGCUCCAACAAGUGCACCGCGUCCUCGCUUCUCCCCGGGCAAGGUGUUUGACCGGUGCGAGCUAGCCCAAGAGCUGCAUCUUCGUCAGGGUGUCUCCCUGGAACAAACAGCCAGCUGGGUGUGCAUUGCAAAGUAUCAAUCCAACUUCAACACGUCUGCGAUCGGUUACGGACCGGAGGGGGUCCAGUACCAUGGUAUGUUUCAGCUGAGCGAUGAGUUUUGGUGCUCUCCACCCGGCAAAGGAUGGGUUUGCGGGAUCACAUGCGAGCAGCUGCGUGACGGUGACAUCACAGACGAUCUCGCUUGCAUGCGACACAUCUACGAGGAACAUCAGCGCAUUUCCGGCGACGGGUACAAUGCAUGGGCAGUGUAUCAACCGUACUGCAAGGGUAAAAGUGCCACCCUGCUUGACGGGUGCUUCGAGGAGGGUGAAAACGCGAUCGUUCCCACGCCACCGACAACUCGCCGUCCGGUGUCGCCGCCGAAAAAUUUCCCCCGCGGAAAGGUGUACCAACGGUGCGAGUUGGCACAGGAGCUGUACUACCGGCACGAAUUGCCAUACGAUCAGAUCGCCACCUGGGUUUGUAUUGCGCAUCGAGAGUCUAACUACAAUGUAUCGGCAAUCGGACGCUUGAAUGCGGAUGGAAGCGAAGAUCACGGACUGUUCCAAAUCAGCGACAUCUAUUGGUGUUCGCCGCCGGGGAAGGGUUGGGUAUGUGGACUGUCCUGCUCGGAUCUGGAGGAUAACGAUCUGACGGACGACAUCGAGUGUAUGAAGACGAUCUACGAGGAGCACACACGACUGUCGGGCGAUGGAUUCAACGCUUGGGCUGUCUAUCGUCCGUACUGCAAGGGACGUUCUGAGCACUACAUCAAUGGAUGCUUCGAGGAGCCCAGUAUCGAUACGACGACGAUCACGACGACUCCUACCACCGCGAGAACCCGCACGACAAGGUCAUGGACAAGUACGACAAAGUUGCCACGGUGGAGUACGAUCCCUACCACUCGAUCUACCACCAUCACCACCACCACCAGCGGUGCAAAGUCUAGCAGUCUGCGGCAGACGGCAAGAACUCCCACUUCAACCGUCCCACCAACCACUCGGUCUACAACAAGUUUGUAUGAAUUUUAUCUAAACAACUUCGGACGACGUCCGGCCAUCACUACUGCCAUGCCGGUGUACACGUUCAAACCGUUUGCCUCCCGGCAACGUACAACGAUCACUGCCACCGAACGUCCAACGACUGCAACGACAACAUUAUCACCCGUCUCGACGACCUACCCGAACGAUCGUUCCGUACAGCGUACCACGAGGUUUAGUGACUUCAACCGUUGGUUCCAGGACGGUUAG